CAGGAAAGUGAAAAGCGAUCCAGACUAAGAAGAUUGCUGGAGAAGAUUAUGGACGGCUCCAAAAUCCUGAUCUUCUGCCAGACCAAACGAGCAGGGGAUGAGCUGACCCGUGAAAUGAGGACAGAUGGCUUCCCAGCUCUGUGUAUACACGGUGAGAAGCGACAAGAGGAGAGAGACUGGGUUAUGAAAGAGUUUAAAGAAGGCAAGUCGCCCAUCCUGGUGGCAACGGACUUGGCCUCCCGCGGUUUGGACGUCAAAGAUAUCAAGUGCGUGAUCAACUACGACUUCCCGAACCAGAUUGAGGACUACGUGCAUCGUGUCGGGCGAACUGGCAGAGCUGGAGCUUCAGGUUCUGCAUAUACCUUCUUUACCGCCGACAAAGCAAAACAUGCCAAGGAUCUCAUCGACGUGCUGAGGGAGGCCAACCAAUCUGUGCCAGAGGAGCUGGAGAGGAUCGCUUCUUCAGGCCAUAGACGGUGACGUUCAGAAUUCUCUAGACUGGAGGACGCUGCUUGAUGUGAGGGGCGCAUUCGAUGGUCCAGACUCAACAUAGAUGUACC